AGAGGUAGAGAGUGAGUCAAUGGUGUGAGCAGUAUAAAAGGGAGGGACAGAAGAGCCAACUGCAAGACAUGUACAGUAGAGUGAUGAUGAGGAACACACUGCCAGGACCCAAGACAAUCACAAUCAUCUGAAUAUAGACAUUGGAAAGGAAGAACAAGGCAAAGAGAGAAAUAGCUCAUUCUUUUCCCAGUAAAAUACUUGGGUUGUAUAAAAUGCAGCUCCUGUGCUGGACAGUGCUCGCUGUUUCAUACUUGGCAUCUCAGUUGAUCUGCUGUGCUCCAGUGAGUAAGGAGCAAUACAGACUCCCAGCCAGUGUCUUGCAAGCUCUCUCUAACAGGGGGACAUUAAUCCUAGAAGCUGCACUUAAGACAGCACUACAGGCUUUAGAAGGAGCAGUUAAGGAACAGCGUCUUCGCCAGCAAGAGUGUGCACGAUGCAUCAUUUGCCUCUUCCCAGAAUGCAGAAACCUACCCACACAAUGUAGAGAAAAAAGGGGAAAGGCAGAAUCUGAACCAACUUGUGAGGCUAUACUAACAGCAAAAAAGGAAACUGAUCCUGCAGAAAGAAGCUGGACCCUGAGUGGAAUCUGUGGCUUUUACCGUCGGCUGUGUACAGAAGAGAAUCAUACAUCAGAAAACUGCAUUAAAAUCAUGGCUGGACAAUGUCAUCUCAUGCUACAAGAGUGCAAAUUAGAAAGUGAUAUGGAUUAUCUAAAUAUGUCACCUGAUGAGGAAAGUCCAUUGACUUGCGGACAAGCCAUAUCAUCCACCAUCAACAGCACUGUACCCAAUGGUCGCAUUGUUGGAGGAAGUAUUACUUCACCUGGGUCCUGGCCAUGGCUGGUUAAUAUUCGCCUUAAUGGAGAGCUUAUGUGUGGAGGAGUCCUGCUGGGAGGUGUUUGGGUUCUCACUGCUGCACAUUGCUUUAAUGGAAAUGUUAAUGAGCUGCUUUGGACGGUUGUGACUGGGCAAUAUAAUCUGAACAAAGAAGAAAAUGGAACAAAAGUCUAUCAAGUGAAUAGGAUUAUAACCCAUCCAAAGUUUAAUCAGAAAACAUUUAAUAAUGACCUUGCACUCGUGGAACUAACAUCUACGGUAGCAGCUUCUCCAAGAGCAAUUCCAGUGUGUCUCCCUACGGUACCUGUGGACCCAGCUCCUGGAACUAACUGCUACAUUGCUGGAUGGGGCUCUCUUUAUGAAGAUGGCCCCUUGUCAGAUGUUAUAAUGGAAGCUCGUGUCCCGGUUUUGAAUCAAGAAUCCUGCAGGAGUGCCUUAGGGAAGGACAUGUUGACCAACACCAUGCUCUGUGCUGGCUACCUCAAUGGGGGCAUAGACUCUUGCCAGGGAGACUCCGGAGGACCGCUGACUUGCCCAGAUCCUUCCACUAAGCAAUAUGCAAUAUAUGGCAUUACCUCAUGGGGUGACGGCUGCGGGGAGAGAGAAAAGCCUGGAGUUUACACUAGAGUAACCUCUUUCAUUGACUGGAUCAACAACCAGAUGAAAAAAUCAACUCCAGGUCGAGAGCCUUCAUGUUUCGAGUUGAGAGAAAUGACAGAUACUCAGCAAAAUAAACCAAAGUCAGAACUAAGCCCCCUGUGUUCCUUCUACAAACAGUCCUGUCCAGCUCCCCUCAGUCCUGGGGCUUGUUCUCGUUUGGCAGAGGAGAAGUGUAAGCAAAAACAGAGACGAUGUGAGCUACGGUCCUAUCUCCAGAUCCUCCUAAAUUUGCUGCGCAAGGCAGAGGAAUUCUUGCGUAACAACAUGGAUUUAUCCUUCUUUACUCAGACGAUCCCACAGUUCAUAGAAGAUAUGUACAGUGAUAUCUUUCCCAACAGAACCCGAAGAGAACUCACAGAACAGACUCCAGUAACAGAUGUAAUGGAAGAAGAACACAAGGAAAUCAUUUCAGAUGAAAUAAAUAGAAUAGACACAAAAACUGGACAUGAUAUUUACAGAGAACUGCAAAACACAUCUUUCGAAUCACUGUUUCCAGACCUUGGGCCCAGACUAUCUGAUUGGACUUCCCUUCUUUAUCACAUGGUCAAUCCAGACUCUACAAACGUACGGCAGGAAAAACAAGCAGAAGAAGAGACUGAGGGUAUGGAAGAGCAGCUUUUCCUGAAGAAGAAUGAUGAUUCAGUGGAAGAACUAAAAGAAAAAGGACGACAGGUCAUUCACAACCUAAAGUUACAGCUCAGAAGUAAUGGAAUCCUGACAGAUGACCCUUUGCUUCUAGACCAAGAAAAAAUACCUGUUCAUUCCCAACCACAGAAGAGAGAUGUCACAAGUGCCACUGAAAACACUCAGGAAAAUGUUCAAGACUGUCACCAUUUGUCAGAAGCCAUUAAUGAAGUUCAGUCUAUUAAAGAGAAGUACAAAUGGAUCCUGCAGAUUCCUGAGAGACACCUAUCAAUGAAGUUUCAAGAGAUCCUAGUAGACCUGGGCUCGAAGAAUGGAAAAGGCCUUUACAGAGCUCGUGUCAGAGUAUGUGUAGCUGGAAAGUCUUCAUCAUUUAUCAGUCUGGUAGGUCUGGACAACAGUUCCCUCUAUCGUAGUAUGCCAGGACUCAUUGCUCUUUCAAUGGAUAUAUUAAAAACGUAAGAUGCUGACAACAUUAUAAGGUGACAAGGAUGGAAGAGAACUCUAUAAUACAGGUGUGGCAGCUGAAACAAACUCAUCUUGUUCAUUCAUGGAACCUAAAGGGAAGACUUGAGUUUCCUCCCACAGUCCAAUGGUAUAAUGUGAUCAGCAUGCAACAACUGACCCACAAGACAUCGAGGAUCUUGAAAACUUUUGGGAUUUGCACUUAAAAGAAGUUGGGGGUUUCUUAUUUAAUUAACCAAACAUUAUCAGGUUAUUACAGAAAUGCCAACUAUAUGUAUAUCUGAACAUUAUAAAGACACCAGCAGGAUUUAUUUUUUUUAUUGCUACUUAAUGAAAGAGAAGAAUGUACAACAAUUUUCCAUUAUAUAAUAUAUGAAAUUGAUUUCAUUGAUCAAUUAGCACUGCUAUGAUGAUGAUGUGAAUUUCAUAUUUCCACUAUUUGUGAACUGUUAAAAGAUUAGAUGCUCCUCGGCUCCCAGUAAUAACACUUACUAUGAAUUGCCUGCACAAGUUUUAAAAAGAAGUUUAUUUUCUAUACCAACCAUAACGUCAAAGUCCUCUAGCGCAUGAUGCAUAUUUGGGGCUGCUGGAUAUAUUGGAGAUAUCAGUUUGUUUUGUCUUUUAUGUUUUUUUGUAUGAUCUGUUAAACCUAAAUUAAAAAAUAUCUUUCAACAA